AUGGGAUAUUGCUUCAGGGAAGACAACUCUAAAUGUUGUGGAGAAGUGGAGAUGAAACCUGUAAUUAUUUUGGCUGGUAUCAUACCACUGAGUUUGGUAUUUUGGUUGUCAGCAUGUAUUCUGCAUCACUAUAAAUCAGAUGUAGAACCUGUAUCACCAGUAAGGUUUCUGAUAGCUGUUGUUGCCCCUGUCCUGAUUACCAGAUGGGGACUGCAGAGAGGAAGUCUGGAUAAGUCAGGAGCAAUAGCAGCUUUACUGGUUGGAUUUUUGAUGACUAUAAGCAACUUGUGUUUCUUCUCUGCACUGCUGACCUUCUUCGUGGCUGGGUCAAAGGUUACAAAGUUCAGAACUAGUGAAAAGAGAAAGUUGGAAGAUGAUUUCAGAGAAGGUGGUAUGAGGAACUGGGUACAAGUUCUAUGUAACGGUGGUAUAGCUGCUGAAAUGGCUGUGUUAUAUCUGAUAGAUGUUGGUUGUUCCGAGAAACUGAUAGACUUCACCUCACACUACAAUGCUAGCUGGUUCAGUAUGGCUGUACUUGGGGCUCUGUGCUGUAGCUGCGGGGACACAUUCUCUUCAGAGAUUGGCUCAGUUGUUGGGAGAUCAAGGGAGGCAAUCCUGAUAACAAAUUUUAAUUAUGUGCCAAAAGGUACAAAUGGUGCUAUAUCUAUGGUUGGUGUUGCUGUCAGUUUUGUUGGUGGAGCGUUGGUAGGACUAUCAUAUUAUCUCACACUACUACUGGUAGUGAAUGAGGAUUAUUUAUUAGAAUCACCGGCUCAAUGGCCCCUCAUUCCUAUAUGUGGACUUCUGGGAUUUCUUGGCUCAACAGUAGAUUCUGUUCUGGGAGCAACACUUCAAUAUUCAGGUUAUGAUAGGAAGAAGCAGUGUGUAGUUCACCAUCCAGGGUCCGGGGUAGAUGAUAUAAGUGGUACAGACUUUCUAGAUAACCACAGUGUGAAUCUUCUAGCUUCAUUGCUGACAUCCAUCACAGCACCAAAAAUUGCCUUUAGUCUGUGGAAUGUUUUCUUGGGAAAAUGACAAUUCCAGAAUGUCGGAAUAAGAUUCUGAAAAAAAGUGUUCAUUUCUUUCCAAGAUCCAGGGACUUAAUUUUCCAUUCUGUAAUAAUUGGCCAGAAAGUGAAGUGAUUUAGCUCAUUUGAGCACAAGGUGUUCAGGAUGUUUUGACAACCCCUGUGUCCGUCAUUGAUUGUUGUUUGUCAUGCACCCUCCCUCAUCAACAGUUUUACUGUAACCACUCUCAAGUUCACUGUUUUUGCCCAGUCUGAAUGUAAUUUGGUCAUAAUGUUUCCCAUGGUAAACUUAGCUAGGUCAUCUGGGAUCAAAAGCUGGAUGGCUAGGUCUAAUCCUAAAGAAAAACUUUGUUAACCCUUAGGAAGCCUGCUCUUUAUAAAACUUUAUCAGAAUAUUUGUCUCUUUUUAAGUGUAGGUCAGUUUCAAAACUGUGUUACCCGACGUCAAAAACUAGGCCACUAGGUCAAAUUAGAAGAAAAACAUAUUUUACUUGAUCAUCAUAUUUUUGUCAGAAUAUCUGUCUCUAUGAAAUCUGGGUCAGCUUAGAAUGUGGAGUGCAUAUGAUUGCUGCUUUGUGUUCCUGUUAAAGAAUUUGUAUGUGGAUAAUUCCCACUACACCUUUCAAGGGAUUUGGCCAAAAUUUAUAUAAAAAUACCAUUAUCAAAUGAACAUGCUCUGUUGUCAGGGCAUGAAUGUAACUUGCCACAGUUUGGGAGUUAUGACAUUAUGCAAUACUAAUAUAGAGCAUUGUCUAUAUUUUUCCUUCUACAGGUGUAAAGGGAACUGACCCAAACUUACAUAAAUAUAACAUAAUGAAGCUAAAAAUGUACACAGAUUUUUAGCCUAGAAAGAGAAUUUGAGCAUAUUUUCUGGAUAUACAGUGGAAUGUCUCUAGAGCAAACACUGUUGGGGAAGACUGAAAUGUUGUAAAAAGGUUUUUUCCUUACUGAGGUUAAUUUGCAGCGAACAUGAUAUCCGAUAGAAAGGAAUAUAUCUUUGUAGAGAGGUGCUUGCUUCUUGGAGGAGUGGCCAACAGAACAUACACUGGUGGAUGUAAUUUUCCUAUAGCCCAUUAUAAAUGUUCCUCCCCAAAAUACAUCCACAUUUACUUUUUUACCUUAAAGAUAUAUUUUUAGCUCGUGUCACGUAGUGACAAGGUGAGCUUUUGUGAUCACCCUUCGUCCGUCGUGUCAACAAUUUCUAAAAAAAAUCUUCAAAACCACUAGGCUGACUUACACCAAACUUCACAUGAAUGAUCCUUGGGUGGCUCCUUUUCAUGGCAACCGAAAGGAAAAUUUGUAAAAAUCUUCUCGUCAGAAACUGUUAGCCGGAUUUCAAAAAUAUUUUGUAGAAAUGAUCUCUAGGUGACUCUCUACCAAACUGCCUAAGCCAUUCUGUUUGGGUAAAAAACAUGGCCGCCAGGGGGCGGGGCUUAUUUCCCCUAUAUGGCUAUAUUGUAAAUUUCAAAAAUCUUCUACUUCAAAACCACUGGGCAGAUUUACACUAAAGUUCACAGAAAUGAUCCUUUGGUGGCCCCCUGUCAAAAUUGCCCAAAGAAUUGAAAUCCAUGCAAAACUUUAAAAAUCUUCUUGUCCAAAACCACAGUAGCUAGGGUUUUGAUAUUUGGUAUGUGGCAUCAUCUCAUGGUUCUCUACCAAGUUAGUUCAAAUUAUCCCCCAAGGGUCAAAUAUGGCCCCGCCCUGGGGGUCAUAUGGUUUACAUAGACUUAUAUAGGAAAAACUUUGAAAAUCUUCUUGUCCAAAACCACAGGGCUUAGGGCUUUGAUAUUUUGUAUGUAACGUCAUCUAGUGGUCAUCUACUAAGAUUAUUCAAAUUAUCCCCCUAGGGUUAAAUAUGGCCCCGCCAUAGGGGUCACAUGGUAUAUAUAGACUUAUAAAGGGAAAAACUUUGAAAAUCUUCUUGUCCAAAACCACAGGCCUAGGGCUUUGAUAUUUGGUAUAUAGCAUCAUCAAAUAGUCCACUACCAAGUUUGUUCAAAUUCUCCCCCCUAGGGUCAAAUAUUGCCCCACCGAGGCCCGGGUCACAUGGUUUAUAUAGACUUGUAUAGGAAAAAAAAUCAAAAAUCUUCUUGUCUGAAACCACAAGAAUUAAGCCUUUGAUAUUGUGUAUGUAGCAUUGCCUUAUGGUCCUCUACCAAGAUUGUUCAAAUUAUCACCCUGUGGUGAAAAGAGGCCCUGUCCUGGGGGUCCAUACUUUUACAUAUACUAACAUAGGAAAAACUUUAAAAAGCUUCUUGUCUGAAACUGGAAAGCCUAGGCUUUUGAUAUUUGGUAUGUUGCAUUGCCUAGUGGUCCUCUGUUAUUCAAAUUAUGCCCCUUAGUUAAAAAGAGGCCCCACCCAGGGUGUCCCAAGUUUUACAUAGACUUAUAUAGGAAAAAAAAAAAUCUUCUUUUCAGAAAGUUCAAUGCCUAGGCCUUUGAUAUUUGGUAUAUAUCAUUGCUUAGUUGGUUUCUAAAAAGAUUGUUUGAAUUAUGCCCCUGAGGUGAAAAGAGGGGGUCACUUGUUAUACGAGUUAUAUAGGAAAAUAGAAAUACUUCAAAAAUUAUCAGAUCAUAUUUCCUAGACUGUUUAAUUAUAAUUAUCUGAUGAUCCCAAGUGAUUAGGGGUCACUUGACUAUGACCUUGACCUACUGACCUACUUUCUUGUUUUUUAAGAUACAGCCUUGAGAUUUGGAUGACAUGUACAGUUUUGCACACCGAUCUUAAAACUGACUUUUUCAGUGACCAUGAAUGUGACCUACUGACCUACUUCCUUGUUUUUUAAGAUACAGCUUUGAAAUUUGGAUGACAUGUACGGUCUUAAAACUGACUUUCAGUGACCAUGAAUGUGACCUACUGACCUACUUUCUUGUGUUCUUUUAAGAUAUACAGCCUUGAAAUUUGGGUGACAUGUACAGUUUUGCACACUGAUCUUAAAACUGACUUUCAUUGACCAUGAAUGUGACCUACUGACCUACUUUCUUAAUAUUUUAGCAUCAGUUUGUUAGCUCAUAUUACUCAGGUGAGUGAUCUGGGGUCAUUAUGACCCUCUUGUUUGUAUAUUGUCAAGGUAUAAUGUACUACUGAAAGCCUAAAUAUUAUACUUCUUCCCUGAUAAAUGCACUCGUCUUUUAUUUACAAAAUAUAAAAUGUACAUACCGGUAUACAUAUACAUAUUGGCACACUUCCAGAGUCUAGGAUAUAUUUUGGGAUCUUUAUCACUUUACUAAUAGCUCUUGUUUCAGUAGAUGUCCCCUACCAGUUUGAGAGUCAGUGUCGUGUUGACCAUAGAAAGUCGUAAGAGUGAAAAAUUAGGGUGAGGCUUACCAGGGGAUUUAAAAAUGGUUUCUGGUCAGUUGCAGCCAGUAAACUUCAUAUUUUAAUAAGACUGUUGCCUUUUGGUUUGUACCUACAUUUGUACUUUUGUUUGGAAUGAAUAGGUCAGAUGGUAAGACCUUUGAAACAGAAGUGUUUCUGGUCAGUAACUUUAGAAUCAGCCUAUGGAGUCAAGUUUCAUGGAUGAUUGCCUGUGGGUUAACUUAACCAUUUCCAGUUACUAGAAAAUGCUAUUGUCUAGAGCAGUUAGAUUUUAUCAGAUGGUUUCUUGUGUUAGUAGAUGAUUGCUUUUGUUGUGGGGGUCAGUAGUCCAUUCUUGAUAACACCACAGAGACUGAAAAUUCCAUGUUAAGCCCCUUGUGGUUCUGGGACGAUCUAUGUUUGAAAAGAAUUGGAACCACUGCCUUACCCUUGCAUGAUCGUAAGAGGCGACUAAUAGGGUCUUAACACUUGGUUUUGCAGUAACUCUGUGAUUCCAGCAGGUAUGCAAAGUUUGAUUCCAUAUCUCAUGUUUUUAUUUCGAUGUAAAUGAGAUGUGGAACCAAAAUUUGUAGUCCUAUUUGGUGCCAUAUAACAUAUACUGUGUUGGUGCGCCGUAAAACCCAAAUAAAUAAAUAAAUGUUAAACAUAGCUGUUGAUCAAGCCCAGUGGUAUUUCCUAUCUUGGCAACCUAAAACAGGAUAGUGUGUCACUUUUCAUAGGCCUGUUGACAUGAAUUUAGGGAAAUAGUUUCAAGUGUACCUAUAAUAUGGCAUUCAAACAAACUCCCGAGUCUACCAAUUUUUUUGUAAAAAUAGUAAAAGCGGGGUAUUGUUUUGAUUUUUUGUCAUUUGUUUUUAUAUUUUUUUUGUUACUUUAUACAAAUGUUUAUAAAUAAACAUUAAAAGCUAUGAGUCA